AUGCCACCCACCACUUUCGCCCGCGACCGUGUCGCUGAUCCGGAUGUUAAGUAUGCUUAUGUAGCAACGGAAAGGUUGGAAAGCGCAGAUGUAGACAGGCAUGCACAUUCGGAUGGAGAAACACCUUUGAAAUUAAACGCGCACCCGCUGUCGCAGCCUCAAAGAUACCGACAUGGAACAUGGAACGCUUUAAGCAACGCUUCAAAUACAGCCCAUGGAGAUCAAGCAACUACUGCUCAAAUGAUUCGUGCGAGGAUCACCGCAACCGCGUCGAAGAAUUCCGCUCUGCUGGUUACGUUACGAGAUACGAGUGAUGCUCCGGCCGCGUUGACGCAAAAAAGAGUACAUAUUUCUAUCUUGAGGGAUGAGUUGAAACGGCAGGAAGAGGUGAUAGUAGAAAUCGAGCAGAGGCUUUUGGAGCUCCAAGAGCAAAGAGGAGGGACUGGAGGGGGUAUGGUUCUUAGGCAGAUGCUACAAAAUCUGCUGAGACUACUGCGGAUAAAAAAUUUGAGAGAUAAAAGGGAGGAAUGUUUGGAAGAAACUAAAAUGACCGAGGGAAGAAGUUUAGAAGAAAAGAUGUACUACGAAGUGUUGGGCCAGAAGAGCCGGAGUGAGAUGCGGAAAUCGGAACUUUUACAACAGAUAGAAGUUUCAGAGAAAGAGGCGAAAGAAGUAGAAACUGAAGCAGAGAAACAUGAGAAAGCACACGAGGAUCUUGAUGCACUUUACGCGGAUCUUUUUGACGGACCUACGCCUGGCUUUCCUACAGAAGACGCUGCUGAAAGUGCGAAUCACCACUCCCGAGAAUUCCACGAGGAAAUGAAAGGCAUAGUUCUUACGAGAAGGAAAGCAAUACGGUUUAUCGAGCAAGCAAGUCGAAACUGGAAGAAUGCGGGGGUGUAUUUGAAAGAUGCGAGAAUGCAGGCGGAGCGGAGUGUAUUUCUGCGCUUGAGCGAUGUCAAAAGCGAUUUGGCGAAUUUCGACCACUACAGAGCGAUCACGGGCAUUGGUUUGGAGAAGGCGAUGCUGGCUCUCGCGCCUAUACAGCAGGAGAUAUAUGAGUUGGCUAAGAGGAUGGAAGAUAUCGUGAAAAGAGUUAGGAUUGAGAAGGCCGAAGCUUUGAGAGCCGAGAAGCGGGAGUUGUUGGAGGUAAUUUCAUCUGCGCGAGAACACUGGACAGCUGGGAACGAGAUGCUAGGCCAGCUACUGGCCGCAGCGAAAGGGGAGGAGAAGAUAGCUAGAGCGGGUGUCCGGGAUUCCGCGCACGACUUGGAUGAGAGAAGGAGUGCGCUGCAGGAGGUUAGACAGAAAGCUUUUGAACAAGUGGCGGGAUUUGGGGUUGCACCCCCAGCAUAUCAUAAUUGCUGCUCGCGAGCGGAGGGCUACGAACAGGAGUGUGAUGUGGUUUUGGAGGUCGAGGUGGAUGAAGAGAGGGAAUUGAUGGGUAGCGUGGAACAAUAA